GCCCUCCAUUCUGACUCCACUACCGCCUCUCGCUCGCCUCCCUCCGUCCCUCGUCUCGUCUCGUCUCGUCUUCCCUCUCGCCUCUCGCCUCUCGCCUUGCCUAUGCUAUACGCGGACAGCUAGCUAGCAAGUACAUUCUCCUACAUCUAGCAGCCUUCUUGCAUGCUUCCCUUGCUAGCUACUCCGAUCCGUCCGGUUCCCAGCUACGUGUACCUACUAGCUACAACGGGCCUGCCCCAGGCAGAUGCAUGCCAGCUAGGCACUACUAGCUCGGCCUCCGGGCGGUCGGCCGGCCCACAAUAUUGUCCUUGUCCAUCUCCGAUUCUCCAUAAAUCCUCGCUCGCCUGCCACCAGAAACGACCUUCUGCACGUACGCACGGUGGCUGCAGGCCGGCCAUGAGACGACCUCACGCCGCCGCCGCCGCUACCGCUCUCGCUGCCCUCCUCCUCCUCGUCCUGUGCCUCGCCGCCGCGUUGACCCGCCACGGCAGCGGAAUCUGCCAGCAGGCGGGGAGGACGCCGACGAGGAAGAUGCUGCUGGCCAUGACAAUAAGCUUCGACGACGACGACGCUGCCGCCUCGCCCUCGCCAUCCGGUCACCACCGCCAUCCUCACCACCAUCACCAACACCAACACCACCACCACCACCACGCGGGCAGGCGGCGAUGGAACCGGCGGCAGGGGACCAUUCCACCACCGUCAGACGAUGCUGGCGAGGCCCAGGCGGUCGACCCGCGCUACGGCGUGCAGAAGCGGCUGGUUCCUUCGGGCCCCAACCCCUUGCAUCACUGAGGAGGUGUGAGGAGCUAGCAAGCAACAAGUCGUCUCGGCGCCGGUGGCACCCGCAACGCAACACGAUUAGCAGCAACGCCGGCCGGCCAUGCGCAGCUUUAUAAUUUUCAUGGCGGCCGCACAGCUAGCAUGCACAGGCUGGUUCGGCCUUCCACGGUGAGUAUAUAUACUUCUGUCUACGUGGCGCACAUCAUGCAUCUUGCUGUGUGGAUCCGAUCGAUCGGGUUCGAGCCAUCGUUUGUUGUGGAGUUGGAGCUACUAGCUGAACUGCUGACGAAGCAUGCUGCGUAUUUCGCUCCGGUGUCAGCAGGCAUCGCACAGCCUUAUUAACUAGUAGCUAGCUAUAGUAUUAUUCGUUUCCAUUCGUGUGUUCAUGCGUAUGUAAAUGUAAUCUUGGUCAUCUCCAGCUGCAAAAGCAAGUGAAACAAUUGGAGAGAGAGAGAGAGAGGGUAAUUGAUCACUAGCUAGCUACAUAUACACACACACAUACAACGAUCGAGGAGAGAGCAUAUAUGCCUAUGCUUGGCUUCCUCUUUAAUUAAUUAGUUUCCAUUCCGUUUCCAAUU